ACGGGUUCUGCCUGACCGAGAAUGCUGAUAUUUUUAGCUCUUUCAAUGGAUUUGCAGGGUGUUUGAGGCAAGACUACAACGCGAAACCCACACCUUAUAUUGCUCAUUCCACAACUGGCGGUCGAAGACACGAUUUUUAACUUCACACAGGGCACAGAUCUUCUAACCUGUCACCAUGUGCUGCUCGCUGAAACUCACCAAGUUCUUCUUUAUGUUGGUGGACAUUUUAUUCCUGUUGAUGGGUUUCGCCAUGGUGGGUAUAGGAGUGUGGGUCCAACUCAACCAGGCCGACUUCCUGGGCGUCCUUGUUGACAGCAAGUACGUCAGCGUCCCCCUUGUGAUGAUAGCAGCCGGCACCAUUGUCGUCAUCGUCUCAAUCAUCGGCUGUAUUGGUGCACUCAUGCAGCAGAAAUGCUGUCUUAUCAUGUUCGUGGUGUGUGUCCUGUUUGUCUUCAUGAUGGAGCUGGCAGUGGGCAUCAUAGCUUUUCUGCACAGGAAUGAGAUUGAAGGAACGUUAAAGGAGGAACUUCUUGAAGGAAUGAAGAAUGAUCUUUCCCAUCCCUCGUGGGACGUCAUUCAGAAUAAGUUGAAGUGUUGUGGAGUGAACAAUGCCAGUGACUGGCUGAUCGGGGAUAAGGUCUCCAUCCCUGACUCCUGCUGCAGAUUCCCUCGCUGUGGAUUACAGGGCGUCAAAAUAGCUCACAGAGAUGCCUGCUUCACCAAGGUAAAGUCAGAGAUAAAGGACAACUUCUACUAUCUGGGAGCAGCAGGAAUUGGCCUUGGAGUUUGUCAGAUAAUUGCCAUUAUUUCUGGUAUCAGCCUCUUAGUAAUCCUGUGGCGUCACAACAAGACAGUCUAGGGAUACUGUAUAUCAUCACGGUGAAGGCUGUGGCACAGUGUCAAGAGAUUUGGAGGGAGGUAUACCGUAUAUCAUCAAAAUAAAGCUGUGGCACAAUGACACUAGUGGAGGGAGGUUAUAUAGUGAAUAUCAUCACGGUAGAGCUGUGGCACAAUGACACUAGUGGAGGGAGGCUAUAUACUGUAUAUCAUCACAGUAUAGCUGUGGGACAGUGUCACUAGAUUUGGAGGGAGUUAUACUGUAUAUCAUCAUCCUGGAACUGGUCAAGACAGUUUGCUCAGCAUCAACAUCUGCAUCAAUGACUAAGGUAUAACCAUAGUAACAAAACCCCAGUAUGUCUCUGAAUGCAUGAUCCCCAUAUUUCAUCCUAAUAAAUACUAUUAGCAUUUUUAUCAAACUGGGAUUCAAAGUUUUAUCUUCUAUUUCAGCUAUUUUCUUGUUUAAAUAUUUUACAUACAAACAAGACUUAGUGUUUUAAAAUCUAAUCUGAUACGUUACAAUAUACACAUGAAUCAUAUAGUUCCCUAGAGCCCAAACUUUAAGUGUCUUUACAACACAAACAUUCUCAUCCCUGAAUUACAUACUUUGAUUCUAGCUUAGCUUUGCAUCAAUGUUAACUAUAGAUAUUCUUAACUUGUCCUUAAUAAAUUGCCUUUGGUUCAGGGACAAUUUUGCUGCAUAGACACUAGUUGUUUCAUCAAUCAUUUAACUCCUUCAAAGUAUUUUGUUAUGAUGAAAAUCCAAUAAAAUAUUAUUUUUACCAUGAAUAACUGUCAUGGCUUGUGGUGAACCUCCCCUUAUUCUCUGGUUCCCACCCACAUAGAUGACUCAUAGAAGCUUCAUCUGGUGAUUACUGAUUAAGAUGAAUACAUGUUCCCAGAAUCUGUUCUUCACAUAUAAUUCCAACAAUAUUUUAUCUUUCAAAGUGCUAUAAUGUUUCAAUUAAUACCGGGGAACAAUACUUGAAAUAUUGUGUCAGUGUGUAUAUUGUAUAUAUGUAAAUAUUAAAGGUUAUUAUUGUGUAAUGUUUAUAUGUAGGAGACAUAUAGAACUGCAAAAAUUGUUCAUUAACACCAAAAAUAUUUACUAAGUUGUAUUUAUUAUUCUAAAAUAUGGAUAUUAUCAAUCACUACUGUUAGAUAUGAGAAAGGAAUAUUUCAUUGUCAAGAAAUAACAGUGAUUAAAUAGCAAAUCCCAAAUAUCAUGCAUGGUUGAUGUACUUAAUCUUGGGAAUGAGUAUGUAAGCAAUGUUACAACUUUCAUUUUGAUAUGAUUAUACAUCUGAUUUGUGUACCGGUAAUGCUAAAAUUAAGUUUUUGAAGAGGAACGAGAAGACAUAAGAUUGUUAAAAGAUUUUGUUAUUUUUAUGAAUAAAGUUUAAAGUGUA